AUGCUGUUUGUCCGAUGGUUUGAUCCGGUGCGGCGGUACCAUUCUGGGAUUCAAGCGGCCCGUCUGCCAAAAGUUGCAUUUGUACCCGAGACUGAUGACUCGGCUUUCGGUUUCGUCGAUCCUGCGUUGGUGAUUCGCGGGGUGCACCUGAUUCCAGCCUUCGCAAAUGAAAGGGUGCUCCAAUCCACACCACAGCAAACAUCAGCUGGACACAAAUGGAGGUUGGACGAUGAAUGGACUGCGUACUAUGUCAAUAUGUUUGUAGAUCGUGAUAUGUUCCUUCGUUUUACCAACGCUGGUGUCGGCCACGGACCCUGGAGAGUAGAGGAUCCAAGCGAGGAUUCAGGAGAAGCCUAUAGCCAUGACGAACCUGGUGAGGAGGACGAGGACGAGAUAGGGGAAGAGGAAGAGGAAGAUGAGGAGAGCCAAAUGGGAGAGAAUGAUGACGGGGACGAGGGGAACGAGGAGGAGGGAGAUGAUGACGAGAACGAGAACGAGAACGACGAGAACGAUGAGAACGACGAGAACGACGAGAACGACGAGAAACGAGAACGACUCUGA